ACUGUCCCAGUGUCCAGCUGGCCAAGGGUGCUGGCCCAGUGCCACAGGGGCUGCCCCUGCCCAGCUGUCGCUGUCUGUGACGUUCUGUGACGGUCCUGCUCGGCUCAGCCCUGCCACCAGCACCCAGUGCUUGCAGUGCCUGCAGUCCCCACGCAUGGACCUGUGCCACGUCCCCGCCACCCGGGAGAAGGGCUGGUACCUGGCACUGAUGGCCCCCAACAUCAAGGGUCCCAACUAUGCCUGGCUGGACCCCUCCCGGCUCUACUGCCACCCGCAAGGCUUGCAGGACUGCGUGGCUGACCUGCUGCAGCCUUUCAAGGGAGAUUCCAUCGACAUGGUGGCCGGCAUCGACGCCAUGGGCUUCAUCCUGGGUGCUGCAGCCGCUGCCACACUGCAGAAAGGCUUCCUGGCCAUCCGCAAAGCCGGGCACCUCUGUGUGCAGACAGAGGCACAGCCCUACACAGACUACUCGGGCCGGGAGAAGGUGAUGGAGGUCCGCACCGAUGCCAUCUUGCCGGGUCUGCGCAUCCUUCUCGUGGACCAGUGGGUUGAAACUGGGGGCACCAUGAGAGCGGCCAUCGAGCUGGUGGAGCGGCUGGGCGGGGUCGUGGCAGGUGUGGCUGCCAUCUGCAUGGAGAACAGCGAGGGAGGGAAGUGGAUCCAGGAGCGCUACAAGUGCUCCCACUGUGUCCCCCCCAGCCUGCAGCCCCACUUUGACCAGCACAAGUUUGGCUGGGCCUGAUGUGGGACUGGCACCUCGUGUGUCCCCUGCAGCCCCCCGAGGGACACAGGGCUGCUGGCCCUGCAGGAUAGGGAUGCUCCUUGGUGGAAGAAGGAACCCGUCCUCAGCGGCAGCCAUCCAUCCUCCCGCUUGCCUAUGAGCCUGGGGACUGCACCCAGGGAGACACACAAGCAGCCCCAGCCCCAUGCCUUUCUUACAAAGCAUAAAAAAGGUUUAAUUAAGACAAAAGGGAGCCUGAGGGCAUCUUCCCCCUGCAGCAGUACCUGGGUUUGCAUAGCUACAGGAGCCACACACGUGCUCCUGCCUGCCCUGGACAGGGGUCCCAGGCAGACGAGGGGCCAGAGGAGGCUGGGGAUGGCAGGGACGUCUCCUCGGGGCCGGCCGGG